GUUCCACGAUAAGAUUUAGAAACAACCCCACUAAGAUGGGGGGCACUUUCCAAGGUUCUGGCAGAAUCUAUGCAAGGUAACUUAGGCUACUUAGGCAGUCACCGCCUACUCUUUUUGAUGAGUCCUUGGUGAUUACCUUUUUUUGCCCAUAAUAAAGGACGUGGGAAACUGCUAAGGAAUCGCAGAAAUAGCACCAAAACCCCUGUAAGAAAGACGCUAUCCGUUAACAGCUUCUCACGCCGCUAUUCACAUUCGCACAUCGCUUUGAGGUCUUACCUGCCCAACUUUAUACUCCUUCUCUUUUCUUCCUCGACUUUUCUUCUUUUUCUUUUUUUGCUCUUGACUAAUAAUCAUAAGCCCCGCUGGAUACUUCGCGCAUAAAUCAUCUAAAUCAUCUACAAGGCUCCAUUCGUUGUGAUCCUUCGAUCGUUGAAACAACUCGUAGAUCCAACACCAAUCUCGUCCUACUCUCCAACUUCUCGAGCAUUUUGCGCAAAGUUCGAGGGAAGAUUACACAACGUAACCGAACACUUACAUAACAGGAAGUCCGACUACCACACUGACAACCACAAGUCUUACGUAGCCAUCACCCUACGAUCAAUCCCAUCACGAUGUCUCUGUGCCAAUUGCGCCUCGGAGAAGAGCGAAAGCAGUGGAGAAAGGAUCACCCUUUCGGCUUCUGGGCAAGACCGGUUAAGAAUUCUCAAGGUGUUUUAGACUUAAAAGUCUGGGAAUGCGGUAUUCCUGGCAAGGAGAAGACGAUGUGGGAAGGCGGACUUUUUAAGCUGACCAUGACAUUCCCUGAUGAAUACCCCACCAAGCCUCCGAAGUGCAAGUUCACGCCCCCGCUAUUUCAUCCGAAUGUCUACCCUUCCGGUACCGUCUGCCUUUCGAUCUUGAACGAAGACGAAGGCUGGAAGCCUGCGAUCACGGUGAAGGCGAUCGCGCUCGGCAUUCAAGACCUUCUAGAUAACCCGAACCCCGAAUCUCCAGCGCAAGCCGAAGCAUACAACCUUUUUAAGCGAGACAAGGCUGAAUAUGAGCGACGUGUCAAAAAGACGGUCAGAGAAAACCCAGCCAACUAAAUCGUGCCGUUAAAAGAAGACGAAGCCUUAGGGAGAGGGAUGGGGAUUAUUAUACUGGAUGUGCUUUAGGGAUUGGAGUUCAGGUCACGGAUACCAGAUACGGGAUGGCUGACUUUUCUGCAUUUGAGCCCUCGGAGUUUGACACAAGGCGGUUAACAUAACGCGAUGAUGUCAAACGGGUUAGUGUUUUGGCACUUCGGCCAUAGGAGUUCGCAGGUUUUUUCUGACCGGUGAGAAUACGAGGGAGUCGAGCCUUGUGGUGGGAAAAAUGGUACCGCGUGAGAUCGAAACAGGCUGUUUUCCACAUGGAUUCCCAGAUAUUAUGCAGUUAGAUGUUCCGUAUAAUGACCAACGGUGUUUACCUCCCAGGCGCUACUGCCAUCCCCUACACCCAGAUUUAUUGACCUUGCAAAUUCGCCAUAGAUUUCUCGAGACUUACAUUGAUGAAUAGGCCGCUCGGUAUUCGUAUGUAUCUGCCUACCCACCUGAGGUCAAUUGCAGUUUAACCUGGCCUAUUAAGAGGGGAUAUGAUAUCCUCCUGCAGAUUCUUUGUACCACGUAAAGUGAUAAAUCACAAAUCACUCGAAGACUCGAAUAGCACAUAGUUAUCUUGAAAUGAUGUAAGGGUCGCGUAUGAAAUGUACAUAUUACCUUUUCUAUUUUAUUUAGUAAGUACAUCCGGAUCUGAUCGACCCUAGGUUAUGAUCGCUUAGGGGUGUGGAUUAUGAAGUACCUAGCAAAC